AAGAAAACUUUAUUAAGCAUUUUUCUCAAACUCAUAUUUUUUGUUCUGUUUUGAGCAGACUUCCAUCUGAAUAAAACUGUCCGUGACUUUUUAGCCUAAAUUCCCACUGACAAACAGAUGAGAAUUAUUAUUGAUUUUCUCCAGAAGGAACUAAUAGGCUUUGCCAAAUAAAUCAUGCAGAUCCUAAGUGUGCUAUUCAUCUCUUCUGCUGAUUAUUUCUUAAAAGCCAUGAUAGUUGUCCUUUAAAAAUCAAAAGUCAAAUCAGUGCUUUGACUUGAAGUGAAAAAUUUGGACUGACAGUUGUCCUGGGCCUUGUUAUUGUUUGGUUUUUUGCAGUUUGGAAAAUGAGAGGGCUGGCAGGCAUGGACUCUUGGUAAGUGUGGAUUCCUAGUUUCUAGGGAACUCAAGCACACCUGGAGACUGGAGGUAACUGGUUUGUGUUAAUGAGUGGCUCAGUUAUUUAUCCCUCCCCAGUAUUAUGGAGCACCCCAAGUCUCCUGAGAAAGCCAGAGCUGACAGUGGACUUGAUCAUCUUCAACUUGGACACCCUUUGUGUCUAUGUAUCUGUCUGUGUCAGUCCUGGCCCAGGGCCCUGACCAGGUUCUGAAAUGCUCCAGCAUCUUUCACUGUUUCAGUUCCCUCUGUUCUGGAAGUUGUAGAUACUUUGUACCCCUCUUAUCUUUCAAGAAUACAUUGUAGGUAAUUACUAUGUUAACUUAAUUACCUCUGUGUUGAUUUGAGCUUAUUUUGUGCAAUCACUGGUGCUUCUACAGCACACAUUUCAUCAUUUGAUUUUUUCCUAAUUAAUGGAAAAGUCUGAACACCCACUUCCACUAGUUUUUAAGUACCCUUCAUUAUUUUUUGUUGUUGUUGUAUGGGAAUUGAUUUGGAGUUGAAACAUGUCUCAACUAAUUGCAAGACAUAAUACCACAAAACUGUAUGAAUUAAAAUACUGAUGUGUACUUAACAUCUGUCCUAGAUACCAGUGUUUGUACCCACACACAGAGGAUGCUGCUACUGGCUGAAAUUAGAAGACAGGAGCAAUGUAGUCAAUCCAAAGUCUGUAUUUCUCUAGCAAAUUUCAAAUCAGCAUGAGACAUAUAUCCCAUUCAAAUAUUUAUCUGUUCAGUAUCUUCCCCAUAAGAGAACUUUCUAGAUGACCCUUGUGCCACAGAAGCUGUGGUUCUAGCUGAUAUUACUCAAUUAACAUUGUAUGAGAUUUCUCCAAAUGUGUUGACUGCCCUGUCCUUCUUAAAGGGAAAUACAACCAAAAAACACCCCCAAAAAAAACCCCAAACCACCACCAAACCCCCCCAAAAAAACACCCCACAACCCAAAACCAACCAAACAAAAAAAUCCCCCUAAACAACAACAACAAAACACCCACAUCCUUUUAAUUUCUCCUGUCACUAAAACAAUGCAUAAUAAAUUUGCCAAGUCUUGCAAACCAGAACAAUUUCAUAUUCUGGGCACACCAUUAAUUUUCACAAGAAAAUAUGUGUUUAGAAUCACUAGGUCUGCUCAGAGAUUGAAUACAGUUAUUUUUCAGUAUUUUCCAUACAUGAAAUUUAGCUACCUUGUUGUAUCAAAAAUCCAGCUGUACUGGCAAACUAACAAACACAUUUUUAAAAAAAGCUGGAAGAGGAAAAGGGAAGGAAGAAACCCAUGUGUGACCUCUGGUGGUUUUAAGACUUCAUCAAUGAUUAAGUGACUGUCCCUUUUAAAAUGUAUUGAGCCCUCAUUUUUAUGUGGAUGGAUAUUACUACACCAGAAAUUUAACCUCUCACUGAGAAAAAGGGUGAUCAUAAGAAUGGGAAAACAACUCAGAUAAGUAACACCAGUGCAAAUACAAACCUUUCACCAACUCCUUAAAAGAGACUGACAAUCUGAAGAAGUGUAAACACAUGGGGCCUAUAUUUCCCGAAAUAAGAAAUGAUGGCAGAUGCUCAGCAGGCACCGACACAUUGGGUAACCAUCACUCUGGGACGACAGGUACUCUCUGAAAAUUGGGCACUUUUAAUAAGAUUGAAAAGAAAAUGUUUAAACACUGAGGUGUCCAAAACUUUAAUUUGGUUUGCUAAUACAGAUUUUCACUCUUUCAAGUUUCCUAUUUUUUCUUAUUUGUGUGUGUCUUUUCCUUGUUCUGUCUGAAAACAGAAAAAGGGGAAAAAACUCUGUGUAACUAGAAUAAUAUGUGUAUAUACACAUAUUAAUUGUACACAUCUGUACCAGUCAGCAGGUUAAUAUUUAGAUACUUGAUUACAUAUUUCCUUUUUUCUUUGUUUGGUUAAGGAUUUUCGGGAGGUUUUCAGAAUAUAUGGCCUGGCAUGGAAAGCAAAUCUAGAUUCUAUCAGAUAUAUCUCAAUGCUUCUUAACACCAUGUGCUUUCAUCAGUUUUUUCUUUAUGCCUUGUUCUUUGUAGGCAGCACUUAGUACUUCAUAGUCCUUCAGAGAGAGUGCUGACUGUGGCUGAGAAGUCAUCCUGAAGAGCAGGGACACAAGUAUUUUCCAUUUUAGAUACACAGGCCAAAAUACCACACAUAUAUGACCAAAGUGACUUUUACUUCGGUACUACAUGAUAGGAAAAUUCAGGCAAAUUGUCAUAUUUUAAAGAAUGAAAGGAAAAUUGUCCGUCUUGCUGACAAAUGGAUCUGUGCUUCCCUGUGCCCCAGGGCCUGCACACCCUCAUCCUGCAAGCAGAGGUGCCUACAAAAAAGCUGGAGAGAGAUUUUCUCUAAGGACAAGUAGUGAUAGAAUAAGAGGGAAUGGUUUCAAGCUGAAACAGAGCAGGUUUAAAAUAGAUAUUAGGAAGAAAUUCUCAACUGUGAGGGUCUUGAGGCAAGGGCACAGGGUGCCCAGGGAAGAUGUGGCUGCCCCAUCCCUGGAAAAGUUCAAGGCCCAGUUGGAUGGGGCUUGGAGCAGCAGCUGGUGUGAGCUGCCCCUUCCCUGGAUUGGACUGGAUGAUCAUUAAGGUCUGACCCCACCAUUCUAUGGCUCCACGUUGCUCCAGUGCCAGACGCUGCAGUGCCUGGAACAUGGAACAGCUGCUCUGUGACAUCAGCCCAGGGCUGAGAGCGCCACAGGUGCUGCGAGCCCCACAGGUGCUGAGAGCGCCACAGGUGCUGUGAGCGCCACAGGUGCUGUGAGCACUGCGGCUUGCUGGCACACAGAGGCUUUGCUCCUGUAGCUGGCAAGAGCCACGGGCAGCCAUGCUGCUGCUGUGCCUUCUCGCGCUGCUGGCCACGUGCAGGCCUGUGCAGGGCACGUGGAACACCUGCGAGUAAGUGGGCCCAGGCUCCGGGAGGGCUUGGGCAGCACUUGGGGGCUCCCUGUGGAGGGCCCGCUUGUCCUCCAUGGCCAGGCCACAGCUCUCCGAACCCCACGGGGAAGCCUCAGUUCCUUGUGGACAGGCACACGCUCCCUAGCAUGCUAUCCCCACACUUUGUGGGGAGUUCUGCUGCAGAAGCAGCAAGCCAUGGAGCAGGAUGGAAACAACUUUCUACUUGCAGAGGAAACUGCGGGAUCCGGCCCUUGACUUCCGAUAAGGAACGAGGCCUGACACGCGUCGUGGGUGGCAAAAGUGCCGAGGCAGGGGCCUGGCCCUGGCUUGUCAGCAUCCAAGAUCCCUCGGUUUCAGGCACGGGGCAUCUGUGCGGAGGGUCCCUCAUCAGCGCAAAGUGGGUCCUCACAGCAGCCCACUGCUUUGCCGAGUCCAGGAACCUCAGCGCCAUGCGCCUGCUGAUCGGGGCCACCCAGCUGACCGAGCCGGGCCCUGGGGCCCAGGUGCGCCUGAUUAAACGGCUGCUGGUUCACAAGGAAUACGGUCCUGCCGACCAGAGCAACGACAUCGCGCUGCUGGAACUGAACGAGCCUGUCCAGUGCAGCUCCUACAUCCAGCUGGCGUGUGUGCCCAACGCCACGGUGAACGUGGCACUGCUGGAAACCUGCUACGUCGCUGGCUGGGGUGCCACUACUGCGAGAUCUCAAAAAUCAAGUGAUGUCCUGCAGGAGGCCAAGGUCCACCUUAUCAAUGUCCAGGUCUGCAACAGCAGUGAGUGGUACCAGGGGGACGUCCAUAGCCACAACUUGUGUGCUGGCUACCCAGAGGGUGGCAUCGACACCUGCCAGGGUGACAGCGGGGGUCCACUCAUGUGCAAAGACAACAAUGCUGACUUCUUCUGGGUUGUCGGAGUGACCAGCUGGGGAAGAGGCUGUGCCAGAGCAAAACGGCCUGGAAUAUACACUUCUGUUCAGCACUUCUAUGACUGGAUUCUGCUCCAGAUGGAACUGCUUCCACAAGUAGAGGCUUCUCGGUCAUGGGGUCAUUAUACAACCGCCCCACCAGCACCAGCCUGGACUCAUCAUACAAAUGCACCAUGGCCCACUCAGAAGCCAUGGCCGAGACCACCUCCCACCCAGAGCCCAUGGCCAAGACCACCUCCCACUUAUAACCCAUGGCCAACAACACUGCCUGCUCCAAAGCCAUGGCCAACAACACAGCCGACUCCAAAGCCAUGGCCAACAACACAGCCGACUCCAAAGCCAUGGCCAACAACACAGCCGACUCCAAAGCCAUGGCCAACAACACUGCCCCCUCCGAAGCCAUGGCCAACAACACUGCCACCUCCGAAGCCAUGGCCAACAACACUGCCCCAUCCAAAGCCAUGGCCAACAAUGCCACCUCCAAAGCCAAGGCCAACCACACUGCCACCUCCAAAGCCAUGGCCAACAACACUGCCCCAUCCAAAGCCAUGGCCAACAAUGCCACCUCCAAAGCCAUGGCCAACAACACUGCCUACUCCCAAGCCAUGGCCAACAACACAGCCUACUCCGAAACCAUGGCCACAACCAACCCCCACUCCGAAGCCAAGUUUGAUACCCACACCAGUGGAAGAGAUUAAGACCUGCCCAUUUCCACUCAAUAAGCUGAUGGAAUUCUUCACUCAGAUGCAGGAGCUCCUGAAGAACCUACGAGGAAUUCCAGUUUGAGCAGGAGAAUGGACAGGAUCCAGUGCAGGUUGCAUGGGACCAUGACUGUUUCCUGCUGAGGCAACGCCUGCUGAUCCAAAGGCCGCCUCAGUGCCGAAGGCCUGCUCUGUCCUGCCCACGUUGCUCCUCUACAUGUAUGCAAGUGCUAGCAUUGACUUAG